UUUGCCAGCCCUGCUGGUUGCGCGCAGGAGACAUUCCUGGUGCCUGCUCCAACAUGUGGGGCGACCCUCGCAGCGUCAUGUCAGCUGUACGCUCCCCGCUGAGAAGCCGCUCGGCUGGGAAGUUUCUCUGAAGUGAGUCAACACGAAGAGAGGAGGACGCCACCCAGUCAGCCGGUCACAGCAGCCACUGGAUCUCAUAGCUUGGACUUCUCCACGCACUUCAAAACGAGCUGUUCUUCCACAAGCAGCGGGGGAUUUUUGACGCUUCCCCAACGCCGUCAGGGAUGGUUUGCGUCCCUUUGACGCGUCGUCUUUUUCCUCUUUGGAAUUAACGUGAGGACAUGAAGGUGACUGUGUGUUUCGGACGGACGCGGGUGGUUGUCCCGUGCGGGGAUGGAAAUAUGAAAGUCACCAGCCUCGUCGAACAAGCGGCCAUGAGGUACAAAAGGGCCAUCGCGAAGGACCCCAGCUAUUGGGUCCAGGUCUAUAGGUUGGAACACCGGGAUGGCGGAAUCCUUGACCUGGAUGAUGUCCUCAGUGAUGUGGCGGAUGACAAAGACAGGUUGGUGGCUGUAUAUGAAGAGCAAGAUCCUCACAAUGGAGGUGACGGUACAAGCGCCAGCUCCACAGGCACUCAGAGUCCCGAACCGUUUGCUGGCGAGCUGAGGUCAACGUCAUCCUUCCAGCCCUACCAAGCCAACAGCGAGAUUGAGGUCACCCCAUCGGCUUUGAGAUCAAACAUGCCUCUCCAUGUCCGUCGCAGUAGUGAUCCUACCCAGGUUGGACUUCCAGCUGGAGAAAUCCCACUUGGUAAAGAAGAACCAUCCAGAAAAGACCCAAGUCGCUGGACCACAACUGCUGGUUUCCAAAAGUAUAACCACAAGCCACACCCGAACCCUGGUACCAACAGCCUUGAACGAAAGGGCAGAGGUGGCCAUGCCUACCGGAGUCUUCCACGAGAUGCCAAUGGCCGGCCCGCUCAGUUUCAAAGAGAGAUGACCAGAUCCUCCCUAAGUGCAAAUCACCCAUUGGUGGACCGUUGGCUUGAUCGACAAGAACAGGAGGAGGAAGAGGCAAGGCAAACACAUGACCAAAGAAUUGAAAGGAUAGAGCCAGUGGGGAGAGCUGACUCCGCAUUGGACCAUUCACCUGUGCUAAGUCUCGAAGCCAUGCUCAAGCCGGUUGAAGUGUCCAAUAAAGGAGGACCGCUGGGGAUCCACAUCGUGCCAUUCAGUUCGCAAGAUGUCAGAACCCAGGGCUUGCUCGUCAAGCGUCUGGAGCGUGGAGGCAAGGCAGAGCAGGAGCAUCUCUUCCAAGAGAAUGAUUGCAUUGUCAGAAUCAACCAGGGAGAUAUACGUCAUCUUCGCUUCGAACAAGCCCAGAACAUUUUUAGGCAGGCGAUGGCUUCCUCCCUCAUCCUCUUUCAUGUGGUCCCGGCCGCCAUGAAAAGGCAAUACGAGAUACUUGCGGGCAAGAGUGAACUCAGCUCACCUCAUUCCAGCAGAGUCCGCUUCAGCCAAGGCUCUCUGCAUUCGGGUGACAGGACUAGCCUCGUAGGGGGGCGAACCUCCAGUCAACAGGGGUCCCUGGCAGGGAGCACUCCGGAGCCAAGACGGAGAUAUGCCACACCGGCGCAAUCAUUGAUUUCGAGUACCUCAUCCACCUCAUCCACCUCCCUGCAGCGCAGAAUAAGCACAACACAGUCCAGCAGCUCCUAUGUUAAACGCAAAGGCCGCAGAUUCAACGUCCAGCUGAAGAAAGGUCCAGAAGGUCUUGGGUUCAGCAUUACCUCCAGAGAUGUCCCCGUUGGUGGCAGUGCGCCUAUUUACGUUAAAAAUAUUCUCCCACAAGGGGCCGCCAUCCAAGAUGGGAGACUAAAAGCCGGAGAUCGUCUUCUGGAGGUGGGUGGUGUCGACUUGAAUGACAAGACUCAAGAAGAGGUGGUGGCUUUGCUCCGAGCUGCACCUUUGGGUGGCACCGUGAACCUGUUAGCGAGUCGCCCGGAGGACCCUCUGCUGCCUCGAGAAGUGCAGCUAGGGAAUGACGACCUGGUGUUGACCCCCGAUGGUGGACGGGAGUUCCUGACCUUUGAGAUCCCGCUCAAUGACUCUGGUUCAGCGGGCCUCGGGGUCAGCGUCAAAGGUAACAGGUCCAAGGAGAACCACGCCGACUUGGGCAUAUUUGUCAAAUCCAUCAUCAAUGGAGGUGCUGCCAGCAAGGAUGGGCGUCUGCGCAUAAAUGACCAACUCAUCGCAGUCAAUGGAGAGUCACUGCUUGAGAAUAGCAAUCAGGAAGCCAUGGAAACGCUACGCAAAUCCAUGUCAGUCGAAGGCAACAAACGAGGGAUGAUCCAGCUCAUCGUAGCCCGGCGGGUGGCCCAAAACACAGAGGAGGUCCCUGGCAGCCCACCUAUACCGGGCCAUCCUGGAAACCCUUCCAGUCAUCAAGAAAAACACGAGCGGCGUAUCUCCCACUCCCUGUAUGAAAGCAUUGACGGUUUUGAGAAAACCUCCACACCACGAGCAAAUUCAGUUGGACGGAUUGGUAAAUACCAGCUCUCUCCGACUGUGAACAUGCCACAGGAUGACAUUGUGUUGAUCGAAGACGACAGGCCACCCCUGCUUCCCGUCCACUUCUCGGACCAGUCAUCUUCAAGCUCGCACGAUGACUUGGGAUUCGUGGGAGAGAACCCGAUGCCGUGGAUUCAUGAGCUGCCCAGUCAGAAUGACUGCUCAUUGAGCCCCGAUGCGGACCCGGAUGGUUCGUUUCAAAGGGAGGGCUUCGCCCGGCAGAGUAUGUCAGAAAAGCGCACCAAGCAGUAUGAAAAUGCUGCUCAGUUGGAGAUCAUCAAGUCACGCAAGUCCAAGAGCAUGGAUCUGGUAGCCGAUGAGAUUAACAGCAGUACAAGAACCAGUGGAGGACAAAAUGUCGGACCCUCGCUGGGCCUCAAAAAGUCCAGUUCCCUUGAAAGCCUCCACACAGCCCUGGCUGCAGCAACACGCAAUGGUGAGAUCAAUGUGAACAGGCCACGCUCUCGAAUCAUCAGGGGCCGAGGGUGCAAUGACAGUUUCAGAGCUGCAAUUGACAAGUCGUACGACAAACCAGCCAGCAAUGCACCGGAGGAAGAAAACAGCAUGGAUAUCUUGGACGAAGACACAGAGGGAAGCUCCCGAUCAGGUCAGGAUUCAAUGUCCGCCAGUGGUGACCUCUUCCUUGGCCCCGCUGUCAAUGGCAACAUCUCCAAAGAUGACACGCUGAAACAUCGGGAAAAGGUGGAAAGGAAGAAGUCCGAUCGGGAAAAAGAGAAGGAGAAAGACAAGGACAAAAACAAAGCAAAGAAAGGUGUGCUGAAGGGGCUCGGCGAGAUGUUCAGGUUUGGGAAGCACCGCGGUAAUGAACAGCCAGCAGACAGAGUGGAAAGGAGGGCCUCCAGUAAAUCUAAAGCUGAAGAUGUGCACGCCUCUGAGGAGGACACUCAGCGAAUGAGGCUUGAACAAGAGAGAAUACAGGCCAAAAAGCGUGAGCUCCGGGAGAAGCAGGCAAAGGAGCGGGAAUACGCCGAAAUCCAAGAUAUCAUCGGCCACUCCGCGUUGAGUUCGGACGAAGAGCACACCUAUGCUGGCAUCGGAUCUUGGGACUCGUCCGCGGACGGCGGCAGCUUAGACCCUUACGGAAGUGUCCACCAGUACCAUCUCCCUCUGGGUCCGCAGAGCCCUCAUCCUUCGUCCAAUCUUCCAAACAACAACCCACCUCUUGAGGCGCUCUACGCUCAGGUCAACAAGCCUCGCAAUGGACGCCCUGCAUCUUCAGACAGCAGUCAGACGGCUCCGAGUAACCAUGACCGGAUACAAAGGCUGAGGCACGAGUUCCAGCAGGCGAAGCAGGACGAUGACAUGGACGACCAUCCGCACUCCUACGGCUUGGAUCCGUCUCGGUCUAGUAACGGGAUGGAGAUGCAAAGCGGGCGCCAUUCGGUAACCAUGGAGUCUCAAGUCCAAAAGCAGCACCAGGAGGACGGGGGCAGUUUCCGCCAAGCCCAGAGACAGUACAAUUCUCUGCCACGGUAAGUCUCUUCUGUCCGUCUGCAAACUUUAAAAUCA